GGAGCUGUGGCUAGGUGAGGAGGAGCGGACAUGUGGCAGGAGAUGCUUCCAAACGCCUGGGAUGGCAUCUUGUCCCGGAUCAGGUCAUUUGAAUGUUCUCAGAGGAAUGCAGUCCUGGUCCCUGUGGCCGCUCUGAGCGUUGGAGGGAUGCUGGUUUACUGGCUGAGGUCUAGACACAAGAUCAAGACUAUUGAAAUGGGCAAUGGAUGGUGGGGCUCAGAUGAAAGACCUCUAAAAGGGAAAGAAGAUGAAAGUAUCUGUCCCUUCAAGAUUGAAACAUCUGACAAAGAACUUGAGGACCUGCAUCGCCGCCUGGAGCAGGCCCGCUACACGCUGCAGAUGGAAGGGGCUGCCUUCCACUACGGCUUCAGCUCCAGCUACCUGCAGAAGGUGGUGGCCUACUGGAGGAACCAGUUUGACUGGCGCAAGCAAGUGGAAAUCCUGAACAAAUAUCCCCAUUUCCGAACCACCAUUGAAGGGAUUGAUAUCCAUUUUAUCCACGUGAAGCCCUCCUAUGUCCCUCACGGUCGAGCUGUUCAACCUCUGCUGAUGGUCCACGGCUGGCCUGGCUCCUUCUACGAGUUCUACAAGACUAUCGCUCUACUCACAGAGCCAGCUGAGCAUGGCCUGAAUGAGGGUGACAUGGUGUUUGAGGUCAUCUGUCCAUCCAUCCCAGGAUAUGGCUUCUCUGAGGCACCACACCAGAAAGGUGAGCGAUGA